AUGGAUCCUAUGGCAAGAAGAUCAAAAGAUAUGGAAGAAAACCCAAUGCUUAAUAGAAAAACUCUCUCUGAGGUAAUGUUGGAAUGCAGCUCAACAAAAUUUGAAGAUAGAUGUCAUCAUAUUUUAACUCAUAUAAUGGAGUUAACCCAGUGCCACGAAGAAAUGUUGCAUGUUAUUAAACUUAAGCUUUCAUAUUUUAAUUCGGACUUUAAAGUCAAGUUUAAGUCUGCACAAUUCAAAAAGGAAAGAUUUUUUGCACAAAAUAAGAAAUGGCUAGAUACUGAUGUUAUGUUUCCUGUAUUUAACAAACUAACUAGAACGGUAUUGGGAGGUCGCCCUUCCUUAUAUUUUACAAGAAGUAGUAAACGUUCAAAAAGAAGAAAGACCAAGAAAGUUCAAGCUCAACUAAGUUCUGAUGAACUUGUGAAUGUGGCCCAAAUGAAUCUACGAUCUAAAGGAAAAUAG